GCGCGGGGCCGCGAUGUCGCCGCCAGGCCCGGAGCGCCCGGGUGCGGCCGGGCCCGUGCUGCGCUCGGUCAACACGCGGGAGCUCUCCCAGGUCGUGUUCAACAACCACAGCCCCCGCUGCGUGCUGCCCGUCUGGCUGGACUUCGAGGGCCAGCCGCGCCGCUACCCGGUCCUGCAGCCGCGCAGCGGGCGCGUCAUGCACAGCUACCGGGGGCACCUCUGGCUGUUCCGGGAUGCAGGGACCAACGACGGGCUGCUCGUCAACCAGCAGGAGCUGUUCGUGGCAGCCCCCAAUGUGACCAAAGCUGACAUCACACUGCCAGUGUUCACCCUGAAGGAGAGGUGUCUGCAGGUUGUGCGCAGCCUGGUCAGCCCAGUGGACUACAGGAAACUGGACAUUGUUCAGUCCUUGUAUGAAGAGCUGGAGGAUCAUCCUGAUAUUUGGAAGGAUCUUCAGCGGCUUUCUCUGGAGAGAAAUGAAGCACUGAGGAACAAAACUCUGGAAAACCAUGAUGACUCACUCCAGACUCCUCAGUAGCAAACCACCAAGUCUGAGCAGCAGGAGUCCCCAGGACUGAUGCCUCCCUUUACAGUUUUGAAACUUAAACUCAGUAACAUCGGUGAUAGUCAAAUCAAUAGUCAAUGACUGAACACACCUGGAGGCAUACUCCAUGUUCUGAUGGGUCAGUUCAUUUCUUCAUUACAGGUAUUGCAACCUGCAGGGUAAGAUGAGGGCAGCUAAAUGGAAAAUAUUCAUACAGAGUAACUUUCAUUGUAUUAGAAAGCAAAUUACACCAAGCAUUAAUUUAGCCCAGACUAGCGGUUGUAAGUGUCAUCAGUUUUGAGUCAUUUGUUUUGAUGGAAUUUCCCUCUGACAUGUAGCCUCAAAGUGCCUGUGGGUCACAGAGCAUGGGGAGGGUUUGUACAUGAGGGUUUCCAGCAGUGCCUGAGGAUCUGACAAACAUUACAUUGGUGGAAAGCUGAUGUGUAAAUGCUUGGAAGUUAUUCUGCCUCGUACCUUUCCACGUACAAAGCCAUGUCGUAUCUGC